ACUUCCCUGACAUCUAGACCAAUUGUUAUUUAUUGAAACCUAACUUAAAAUUUAUAUAUUGUAUAAGUUCACAACAAUGGACCAAGUAACAAAAUUUAUUUCUAAAAAUUGCUGUUGACAAAUUUCAGGAGGUCCAAAUUGUUAUUUUUUACUUGUAAAUGGAUUAACAUUAGUUUUUCAAAACCGUGAGUCAACAUAUUUUGUUAAAAUAUCUCAUCACGGCGCACAGUCAUACAUUAUACAUUAUACAUCUUUAAAAAAAUUGUUGAUUAUUAAAUUUUUGUUUUUGACUUGUCACCACCUGAAGGAAACUGUCAUCGUAAUAUCAAGUGACCCACCUCAAUUAAGGAGUUCUUUGUUCGAUUCUCAACAGUACCAUUUAAACAUUGAUAAAAGUAAAAUUAAAAGCUAUCUUAAAAUUAAUCCGCAACUCAGCAGGAUAGGGAAACCACAAUUCAAUAUAGUAAAGGUACAGAUAUAAAAACUGGUAUAUUGUAAUCAUCUUCGCUACGACGAAGGUUAAAAGUACCAUUGUGAAUCGGUCAUUACACUCUUUAAUUGGAGGGUCACUUGUAAUAACGUCGACAAAAUACCUUUACGUUUUUAUUUUAAAAUUUGCACUUCCAGCCAGUCAUUGUUAAUUGGCACUAGAUAAAUAACUUUACAACUCGUGUUAUCAAUACAGAAAUAAUUAUGUAAACAUUGUAUUAAGCUUAAUGUGCUUAGUUUUUUAUUUGAAUACUUCUUGAUGUUAAAUAAAUUCGAAUUACUGAACCAGUUUUUCAGUCAUUACAAUGUUUCAGUUUAACCUUUUAGUUUGAUUUCAACUAUGUUAUUUUGCCAUAUUUCAGAAGAAUGAAAUUUUAACCCCCUGAAGUCUUAAAAGCAGAAAAUGGCCAGGUUUAGAAAGUUGAAGAAUAUUUGCCUCGGUGUCGGGGCUAUCGGUGGUACUGCGGCGGUAUUUGCUGUGGUUGUCGAGAACUACCUGGGCGGUUCUUGGUUUAAGCUUCGAACACAGUUAAUUGCUGAGGCGGACGAGAAUAAGAAGAAUGCAUUUAAAAAGUGGGAUAAUAACUGGGACUUCAGGGACGUGAAGGACAACAACAAUAACAACAACAAGAUUCCCACAGCCUCAAGGAACAUAAUUCUGGUGAGGCACGGGCAUUAUAAUUUGGAUGGUAAAGAUGAUAAGGAGAGAUAUCUCACCGCUCUUGGUUUAGAACAGGCCAAGAUUACAGGAGCUAGGUUAGCUGAACUAAACCUGCCUUACACCUACAUUGCUCGGUCGAGGAUGACAAGAGCAAUAGAGACUGCAAAUCUGAUCAAAGAAGCCCUUCCAACUGUUCCGUUGCUUCCGGAGGACGGAUUAUUGAAUGAAGGAAACCCUAUAGUUCCAGAACCUAGGGGAACAUGGAGACCAGACUUCUAUUAUGAGACGGACGGUGGGCGUAUUGAGGCCGCGUUUCGUAAAUACUUUCACCGGGCAGAUGUUGAACAGACAGAGGACAGCUAUGAGCUUAUUGUCUGUCACGCCAAUGUUAUCAGAUACUUCCUUUGCCGCGCUCUACAGCUUCCUCCCGAGGCGUGGCUGCGCAUUUCCUUAAAACAUGCUUCCUACACGUGGCUGGUGGUUCGUCCUGAUGGCGAAGUACAUACAAGGGGAAUCGGAGAGUCGGGGCAUUUUCCGAAAGACAAGCUCUCAACUACUUACAGUCCAGAGGAAGAGGAGAAAAGGAAACAGGAGAAACUUCGCAAACAACAGGAAAAGAAUCAGGAACAGAAACUCUAGGAUUCUGAACAGGAGGAAAAUUCUCUCCGUUCUUGUGCCUUUAUGUGAAUCCUGAACCAGAUCAUUGAGGAAUUGGAUUGAAAAUGAAAUAUUUUUUACUGAGAAUCCAAACAAA